CCACAUUUUAUUCCCAAUUCAAUCAAUUACUACGAUACUCUCAUCUUUUCAAAUUUGCUGCAUUAUAACACAACAAAAACCCAAUUCAUAUACCCCAAUUCUAAUUUCAUAACAUUAUUAUACUAAAAUGAGUAGUAGCAUCAAAGUAAAGAAAUCAACCAUGGUACGUCCAUCUAAGGAGACACCAAAAGGUAGUCUUUGGUUAUCAAAAUUAGACAUGAUAAUACGCCAACCAUACUCACAUACUAACGUACUCCACCUCUAUACAAAAGCCUUCGACACCGAAGUUUUCGAGGAGGCUCUUAGUAGAGCCUUAGUGCCAUUCUACCCAUUAGCAGGGCGGCUAAAAUUCAACGAUGACAACGGAAGGUACGAGAUCGAUUGCAAUGCUAAGGGAGUCUUAUUUCUCGAGGCGGAAUCGACGGAAGCUCUAGCCGAUUUCGGGGACUACUUGAGUCCCGACCCUCAACUCAUGAAGGGGUUGUUUCCUACGUGCGACUACUCGGGAGGGGUCUCGUCGUUCCCUAUAUUACUUGUGCAACUAACUCGGUUUAAAUGCGGGAGUGUAUGUCUUGGGUUUGCUACACAUCACCAUGUAUGUGAUGGGUCUUCACAUUAUCAUUUUGUCAACUCGUGGGCUAGAUUGGUUCGAGGGUUAGACCUUGAUGUUUAUCCGGUUCAUGAUAGGGUUGCUUACCUUGCUCCUCGUGACCCGCCUCAAGUUAAGUUUCGACACUUGGAGUAUGAGCCAUCUAUACCUCCUUUAGCCCCGAAGGGUUUAUCAGGUGAAAUGGUUACAACAACCGAGUGUAUCUUCAAGCUCACCAAAGACCAAGUUAACAUCUUAAAAUUACAAGCAACUUCUCAAGAACAAGAAGUAACAAAUUACAAGCUAAGUACAUUUGAGAUUCAAGCUGGGCACAUGUGGCGCAGUGUAUGCAAGGCGCGUGGAUUAGCAAACGAUCAAGACGUCAAACUUUACAUCACCGCAAACGGACGGUCAAGAUUGAAGGAGAUGGCAAUACCACAAGGGUAUUGUGGUAAUAUCCUCUUUCAUGCAACUUGUGUAGAAAAGGCAGGAGAUGUCACAUGUAAACCACUUUGGUAUGUUGCGAGUAAGAUUCAUGAGGCAAUUAAGAAAUUAGAUGAUAUUGAGUAUUUAAAAUCAGCUAUUGAUUAUGUGGAAUCACAUCCAAAUUUAUUGGAUAUUGUUCAUGGGCCACAAACUUAUACAAGCCCAAACUUUUCAAUAAAUUCUUGGGCUAGGUUACCUUGUCAUGAAGCUGAUUUUGGGCUUGGUGAGCCCAUUUUUACAGGUAUUAAUGGGCUGAAAUUUGAGGGGCAAACUUGCAUUACACCAUGCUCAACUGGGGAUGGUAGUUUUUCUGUGACCAUUAAGCUUUUCACAUCUCAUAUGAAGGCUUUUAAAGAGUAUUUCUAUAAGAUUAGCAGCAAACUUUGA